GCGCGUGUGGUACGUAGCCAUCUUGUAUACAGCAGAGGAAGAGGAGCCGUUAGCUCGUGAUUUGUACUGACAGCAGACAGACUGACAAACCAUCAUUCUACUCUUAACAGACUGUUUUACCGCCAGAAACGGAUAGUAAACGUGUGCUAUCAUGUGUCAAGAUGUAUAACCAGUGUGUUUCAUGGAGGACAUGUGCUUUUGAAGACUGGAGAGUGUUGAAAACUGAAGGCGCCUCAGAGUCGAGUGAGUCCAGCGACUGGAGAGUUUCAUUCGCGAGAGCGGCCUGAGGGAAACUCUCACAACCGGACAUGGCCUUCAUUUAGGCCACGGAUAAUACUGAUACGGGUUUGGAAAGAUUAAACACAGCUGGAAUAAAGCUGUCAUUGUGUUUGGAGCUUUAUGAGUUUCAACUGAAAGGAUUAAAAGUACUAAAAAUGCCGCGAUGAGGACGUACGCGCACUGACGGAGCUCGGAGGGAAGCUUGAGUUAGCUUGACGCUAACUGAACAUUAUAUGAUAUAUUUUCAUAUAAAUCGUGUUAUUACGUUUAAAUUGAACGUGUACGCUUCAAUCUGACGUGUCGAAAUCAGAGCGACACACUUAAAGCGAUCAAAAUGUCUAAAAUGCCGUCGAAAAAGAAGAGCUGCUUCCAGAUCACGAGCGUAACGCAGGCGCAGGUGGCGGCAAACAGCAUCACGGAUGACACCGAGAGUUUGGACGACCCGGACGAGUCAAGAACUGAGGACAUGUCUUCCUCUGAGAUAUAUGACAUGUCCAAAGGUGGGGAUUUCGAGCCUGAGGCGUGUGACGUCAGUUUGUCGGACGAACCCCUACAUAACGAAGCUGAAACAGCUGGCGCGAGCUCCCAAGAUGGUCCCAUAACGACGGUACCUGGUUCUCGUAAUACAAGUGCUGUUCAUAUAAACCCAAAUGUUCGUGCAGUCAGUGGGGCAGCUGGCCAAAUGAGUUCUGCCUCCAUAUCUUCCCAGACUUCACCUUUAGUUGCAUCUAACACCCCAUCCAGCACGUCACAGGCAUCAUCAGUUAGCAGUUCUGCCACAGUAAGUAGUUGCAGUUCCCGAUUCAGGGUCAUCAAAUUAGAUCAUGGUACAGGUGAACCCUUUAAAAGAGGUAGGUGGACUUGCACUGAAUUUUAUGAACGAGAUACGGAUGUUUCCUCGUCUGGUCGGACUGCGGAUAAUAUUAAACACGCUGGCACCACGGACCACAGCGCGGACAGGGAUGGACUAGGAGUCGCAGGAGGUUCGGUGGCUGCACAUAUUUCGCUUUCAACACUUGCAGCAGAACCACAUACUGAUAGCGGUUAUGUAUCUGCACCAUCAAACCCUCCUGUGGACCUUCAGAAGCAAACUUUUGGCAUUUUGCAGCAGGGAUUAGGGCUUGUAGCCCAGAACCUUUUCGGUGAUGCCCAUGCUCAACAUGUCAAAUCUCCCAGCAUGCCUUCUACAGCUCAGCCACAGCCAUUUUACCCAGGUAAACAGGCACAGAAACCUGGCCAGAUACUUCAGACUGUUGUUCCAUCUAAUCAGGCUGACUAUAGAUUGCAGCAUCAACCUCCUGGUUCACCAGCCCAGACUGUCUCAAUGACUUCUCUUCCGCUUGUGACCCCACUGACCCAGGGCCCGUCACCUGUCAUGACUCCAGCAGCAGGAAGCACUCAUGUGCUUGGAUUAGUUCCUCAGCCUGUGGAUGGCAGAGGGCUUCCCAUCAGCCAGCCAGAACAUGUUCAGGGGCUUUUACAGCAGUCCAACAUCAACGCUGCUCUAGGGACUGUGUCAGCCACAGCUGUUGCUUCACAGGCACCAGUGCCGCUCAUUCAGCCAGCAGUAACUGUGUCUGUCAGCCCCCAUGCUGUGGUCCCUGGUGUGCAAAAUGUGCCUGUUGUUAUGUCCAGUGCCUCUAAUACCCCCCAGAGCAUGCCAAAACAGACUCCGGUCCCUGUUGUACCGCCCCAACAGAACCAGCCUCAGGUAGUCCACAGCGGUUCAGUAGUAGGACUGGGUGCUCAGACUACCCCCAAUAUCUUUAGCCAGCUUCCCACUGGCAUUGCCCAGGCCGAUGAAAACCAGAGGAAGUCUGAUAUGCUGCUCCAGAGUUCUGUUCUAAUAGGAAAAGAUGCCAUCAAACCCCUGAAUCCUGAGGGCUUGCAGCUUCCCACACCUGCUGUCAACAGCCUGUUUGGAAUAGCUAUUCCCAUUGAUGGGGAUGAGGACAGGAACCCCUCCACAGCUUUCUAUCAAGCCUUUCCAAACGGCAGGUCAAAGGGCAUCAGUGAUGGUGCCUCUGGCGCCAGUGUCGUGGCCAUUGAUAAUAAAAUAGAGCAAGCUAUGGAUCUUGUGAAAAGCCAUUUAAUGUACGCUGUGCGCGAGGAAGUGGAGGUCUUGAAAGAGCAGAUCAAGGAGCUCUAUGAGAGGAACUCUGUUCUGGAGAGGGAAAACGCAGUAUUAAAAUCCCUGGCCAACACUGAGCAGUUGACUCAGCUCACCUCUCAGAUCAACAUCCCCGGAAGCACUUCUCCCCAACAGACGCCAGCGAACGCAAUCCUACAGGAAGGGAGCGAACUCGUGGCCUUGCCCCCACAACCCAACGUGUCCACAGCUUGAAGACCUUUCGACGUGGGAUUCUGUAGACUUGCAUAAAAACAAAACAAAUCUGCAAAGGAGAUUUUCGUUUCCAGUCUUGUUUGCCACUUGCGGAGAGCCAUGCUUUGAUUAUCCGUGCUGCUUGGCUUUCCCAGUAUUAGACAAUCAUUUUUGGGAGAAGCAAACUUCGUUGGAGGGUAACUACCAUGGAAAACUGGGAUAUUGGUGUUUUCCAGAGCCGACAUACAUGAUUAAGUCCUUUUGUCUGUUUAGUUUUACUGUUUGCAUAUAUUUAUUAGAGGGCUGCUAUUUUCAUAAUGUAAAUGAACAAUGUAACAGAGGUCUAUUAUAUAUAGAAACUUUCUUUGGGUUUCUGAAAUGUAAAAUAAGUUUUAGGCAAUAAUGUCCCCAUGGCACAGUUCCAACACUAAAGGUGAUUCAACAACGUUGCUGAUGCACAGUCCUGUAUAGUUGAGUUGGUUUGGGGUUGAAUGUACAUGUGUAUAGAUUGUAAAGUAUUAUAAGUAUAGCCAGUUGUACAGGUGAGCACCAGUUAUCAAGUAUUUUUGUUUUGAAUUUUAUUAAGUAUACUUGCUAUACUUUCCCUAAGUACUUAAAUUGUUUUGGUUUUCAAUUCUGACGCGUUCUUUAUUUUAAAAUCUGGGAUGGGGGAAGAAGCUGUGAAUUUGAUUAUACAACAUAUUUUGUAACCAAAGAAGAAAAGCUGUGUACAUUUGUUUUGUAUCGCACAUUUUCUUGCUCGCUCGCUCGCGUUUUUAAUUUUACUUUGUCACAUCAAACAAUCCUUUGUUGCUGAUUAGCAUGUUCUGCACGAUCUAUCAGACCAUUUUCUUACCUCAUGUUUUUUUAUUCAAUAUAAUAACUUAAGCAGUCUGUGAACGAUGUUUGGUCUCUUGGAGGAAAAUUCCCUGUAAUGCGCAAACAAAAAAUGAGCCAUCUGUUUUCAUUUGCAUGGUGUUGUAAAACUUGAUAUACAGAUAAAUGUUUAUUACAUUGCAGAAAAUGUACAAAAUAAAUUACAAAUUAUAUUCCCAGGUGUAGUUUACACUGAUUACUAUUCUUUCAAAGAAUGAUAAAAUUGUCAUCAUAAAAAAUAAAAGCCGCAAAAGUGUUUGCAGUUCACAGAAGUCAUUUAAUGUCAUUUACGUAUAAGGCAUGUCCUGUUUGUGCCUCCUGCACUAUGGAUAUAGUGAUCUAGUUUAUUUUAUUUUUUGCCCAGUUUGAGCCAAACAGAAAUAUUGUACAAUUAAUGUACAUCGGUCUGAACUUUUUAGGUUUGCUUGUUUUUCUUUUUCUUUUCUUUUUUUUGUUGAAGGAAAUGUAGUAUACAAGCAAAAUGUAUUGUACUUGAUCACUGAGCCUUUGAUAAUAUCUUAAAAAUACCCUUGUAAUGUGCUGUUUUGAAACGUUUAGUUUUCUGUCAGAAAUAAAUUACUGUUCCAUUGAGAACUAGACCAUUUUAAA